AUGGAUGAAAAAGAAAUGACCUUUGUUAUUGUAACUACAGAUACUAAUCGUAUCUAUUUACCAGUUAACUUUUUUAUAAUCAAUUCGAAUGAAACAUCAUCCUUGGAAAUCAAUACAUCCAGUUCGUUUACACUUGCGUUCGCUCUAUGGCCUUACAUCGGAUUAAUCUCAUUAAUCAUUACAGUUUGGAUUCUUGUUUAUAUUUCAUCAAUUCUUUCACGCCGUCAUAAUCCUAAGCAUGGGCAUUGUAAUUUCACGUCACUUUACGUUUCACGAGAUAGUACGAUCGGCGGUGCGACGGUAGUUGGUGGACACGAAUACUCUACUGGUGUAUCUCCAUUCGACGUCUGA